AUGACUGUUUGGUGUUCAUAUUUUGUUUCAACACGAGCUAGUCAAUUAAGAAACUAUUACAAGUACUACUUGUUUAAGCACAUGGCGUAUUACUGUGUUCGUCAAACGUUUUGUGUAGUUGACACAAAUAAAUAUGGUCGCAAUUCCGUUGCUGGUUACCCCAUAUGCAGUGGACAUAUCUCUUUUAUCAUGCUGAAACUAUUCAAAUUAUUUAUCAGUACUGGUUGUUGGCAUAAAAUUAUGUCGUCAAAACUGAUUAUAUCAUUUUGGUACGAGCUUUGGCUAUUUUCGUGGAAAAAUGUCAAAUUUCAUUCGGUGAACAACUCUGUUUGUGGAAGCAAGCAUUCUUCUGUCUGUUCCGGCCGCCUUUUCGCCCUUGACAUUCGCCGAAUGUAUAUUAAUGAGAUAUCAAAACAAGCUAACUAUCUUAGGAAAUUUGAUAAAUAUCCCCAAAAUAGGGUCAUUGUCGUGAUCGAGGCUAUAUACCUAAUAUAUGACUCUAUCUACACUUCUUAAAUCUUCCAUUUGAUAAUCCUAAAUAUAAUUCUUAUUGAUACUGUUAUAUUAAAUACUGAUCAUUUACUUUAUGUACAGGCUUGAUCUCAUAUCAUCCUUCAUACAAGUAUAAGACAUACAUUUAAAUAAUAACAUUGAUAUGAACACAUAUAAAGGUUACAUCAGCCACAUUGAGGUGCCACAGCUAUCUGAAUUAAGAACUACAUUUUCCCCUGAAUAUUGUGCUACAAGACAUACACAGUUUAAGAAUGAAUGUUAUUGUUAUUGUUAUUGACAUCUCAUUAUGGCCUUUCUAUAUGGGAUCAUUACAUCCGAGUAUUAUCUGGAUUAAUCUACCCACGACCGUCAUCAGCUCAUCUGUGAUCAAUGUCUGAAAUAAUGUGUAUAUAAACACCCCUUUUUAUUUGUUUAAUAAAGCC